UCCGCCUCUAUCGUCACACGUUGCUCAAUACUCUCUGAACAUCAAAGGCCUCACGAGGGGUUUGGUGCUGCAAGUUUAACAAGUAAUUUUCCAGUUAUUGUAUGAGUCAAAAAACAGAAAAGCCAGUACUGUCAGGGCAGCGAAUCAAGACACGGAAAAGAGAUGAAAAAGAGAAAUAUGAUCCAGCUGGGUUUAGAGAUGCUAUACUACAAGGGCUUAACAAAGCUGGGACUGACUUAGAAGCAGUUUCCAAAUUUCUGGAUACUGCCGGGUCUAAACUGGACUACAGACGUUAUGGGGAAGCAUUGUUUGAUAUCCUCAUAGCUGGAGGUCUUUUAGUGCCUGGUGGGUCGAUAGCACAAGAUGGCGACAAACCUUGCAAAACCAACGCUUGCGUGUUUGAGGCCUCUGAAGAUAUGGAGUCGAUGCGGAGUUUUGAACAGGUAUUUAUCAAGCUCAUGCGGCGUUACAAGUAUCUCGAGAAAAUGUUUGAAGAUGAGAUGAAGAAAGUGCUUAUAUUUAUAAAGGGAUUUUCUGAACUAGAACGAAUAAAACUGGCUCGAAUGACAGCUCUUUGGAUCUCAAAUGGAUCUGUCCCUCCGUCGGUGCUGCUUGUACUGAUUAAUGAACAUCUUAUAAAGGACAACCUGGCAUUGGAUUUCUUGUUAGAAGUAUUUGUGACAUGGAAACAAGAAAAAGGGCUCAGUAGCCUAAUGGCUGCUCUGAAGAAGGGUGGAAUUGAAAGCAGGUUGAUGGAAUUUGUACCACAGAACAAGCGUACAGAAGAAAACUUCAGAGCAGUGUUUGAGGAAAAGGGCCUUGUUGACAUAGUCAAACUGCAUAAAGCUCAGGCAAGUCAAGAGGCAAAACGUGACCUGCAGCAACAACUGGAGGAACAGCUUUCAGAAUAUCGACCCAUCAAAGAAAUUAUUGCAGAUAUAAAGGAAAUGGCAGCAAAAAGUGGAAUACCUGAGCAUGAAACAAUUACAUUGGUGUGGACAACAGUUAUGUCACAAGUUGAAUGGAAUAAAAAGGAGGAACUGGUAGCUGAACAGGCACUAAAACAUUUGAAGCAGUAUACGCCUUUGUUUGAAGCUUUCACAACCACAGCACGCUCUGAACUGGCACUGAUGCUCAAAGUGCAAGAGUAUUGUUAUGGAAACAUGAACUUCAUGAAAGUUUUCCAGAAAAUUAUCCUGUUAUUCUACAAGACUGAUGUAUUGUCAGAGGGUGUAAUUUUGAAAUGGUAUAAGGAAGGUCACUCAGUGAAAGGAAAGAUGAUGUUUCUGGACCAAAUGAAAAAAUUUGUCGAGUGGCUACAGAAUGCUGAAGAAGAAUCCGAAUCUGGUGAGGAGGAAGACUAAAGAAAAGGAACAAUUGUGGAACUGCUGUUGUUACAGAAUUAACAGUUUUCUGGAAGGUCAUCUCGGUGUAGUGUUCAAGGAUGCAGUCAAAUCGGAGAAAUACUGAACUCUUGAACUGAACAACAGUUGUGAAAAAUUGUUUCCAUUUCUUUACUGCAUAUUACUCACAGGAUUAAUUCAUAACUUACUUUUAAGGAACAACGAGAAUGGUAUAUUCAUCUCUGACUUGCGGUGCCUUAUUCUUCUCUUUGUACAGUAGUCAUAUGUCAGCGAGAUAAAGGAAAGUUCAUAGUCUUAAAUUUCUUCUGAGUUCUGAAAGAGAACACUUAAGGUCAUUUAUUUGUUAUUGAUUCACUGAUUAAAAUUUUUUAUUGCAUUGGUAUUUUUAAAAAUGUAAAUAAAUUCGUUAGAGAUGAAAAUACCACACCACGUUAGAAGGUAACUCAAUUCUAACUGAAGUUUAUUAAUUAUCACCUUCUGUUUUUUAUAUAUUUGUUUAUAUGGUAUAGUCUGUCUGGUGAAGUUAUCGGCCGUGUCUGCCAAUGUUUAUAUCAUGCUGCCAAAUAGAAAAGAAUCUUUGUAAAUGAGAUUUAUUUUAUCUACAAGAUGGAAGUCUUUCCCAAAUUACCUCAAGGAAAGGGUUUAAUAAACAUAUUAAUAGAAACUGA